AUGUGUCAUCACCAAGGACCUUUUAGAGCAACUAGCUUGGCAAGGACAUCUCAACAAAUACUCGGUGGUCAUAUACAACAGUGGGCUCCUCCUUCUAAUGACAAUAAUUCGGCAGCACAUCACAGCCAAGAUAAAGAACACCCGAGUUCGACCAAAUCAGACCAACCAAGAGGUAUCAUUAACUGUAUUUCUGGAGGUUUUGUAGGUGGAGGCGCCACAAGCUCGGCAAGGGAACACUCUUACCGAGCUAUGUUGUCAAUAGAAGCCAGUCAAGAUCAUCCUCAGACCCCUUCACAUUUUUUCCAGAUUACAUUCCAAAGCUUCGACUUUAAUACAACUAUAACAAAUUUUAAUGACCCUGUUGUGAUCUCCAUCCAGUUAGGAGAUCUCCUAGUUAAAAAAGUAUUACUGGAUCCAGGGAGAAAUAUCGACGUUAUUUUCCAUUCGACAUCCCAGAAGAUAAAGUUAAGUAACAACAUGCUACAACCUUCCAUUGGAGACCUAGUCAGCUUUUCAGGUGAAAGGGUCCCAGUUUUGGGCUCUGUGUGGUUCCAAACCACACUCGGUGAGGUUUCCUUAUCAAAAACUUCAGAUAUUCAAUACUUAGUCGUUGACCGUUUUAGCACUUACAAUUUGAUUCUUGGCCGACCUUUUCUAAAUAGGUUCGGCGCUAUCGUUUCUACAAUUUAUCUCUAUGUUAAGUUCCCUUUGCAGGAUGAUACAAUUGCAACUAUUUACAGUGAUGCUCGUAAGGCCAGAGAAUGUUACAACAACAGUUUUAAAUGA